UUUUUUUCUUAUUGCGUAUGCAGGCAGACGGCGGAGGACGAGACUACAGCGCAGUAAUUAUUAGGCGGUGGACAAAAGCACAUGUUGGGAGAUAGAUGGUCCCAUGGCACAUGUUCCGAGGCAGCGACGUGCUUGACAAGUUUUCUGGCCAGCGCCGCCGCGGGCACUGGCGCAAGAGGCAGUGCGCCGAGUUGCAUGAUGAUGCGAAAAACAGCCUUCCCGCCCGCGAAACUACUGCGGGACUAUUCACACCGCUCUGCAUCAGGAAGUCAUUACUCUUUUGAUCAUAUUGUAUCGCCCAAAUCGGGCGAGCGGCGGAGCGGAAUCAUGCAUGCCUCCCUUGCCCGGCUCCGCGCUGGUGGAAGUUGGUCGGCAUCGUCCAUCUGUCCCCAUGCAGUCGCCCGUAGCGCGCGGCACCAAUGCAUCAUGUACGGUCUAAAACAGUCAAACAACGAUGUGAUUUCUGCAAGGUACGAGCCUCGUCGCGAGGAUUCGUGCUUUUUCCUGACUCUCAAAACAGACAUGAUGGCGCGUAACUCUGUCUCCUGACGCAGGUCGUGUUGGAUUCGACGUCGUCAUUGUCGCCGUUUGCAUAGCGACGGCGCUCGAGGAUCCCUUGCUUUCACGACGAAAGUCUGAGGACAGACAAACGCAGACCACGUCUCUUGGCUGCGCUGCGCUGCGCUGGCGCGUCCUAUCGCAGCAGAAAAGUCGUUUGUCUUGCUAGGCAAGGUCGUAUUUCAUUUCUCGGAGAGUUCGCAUCGCCUCGCAUUGCAUCUGAAAUUCGGAUAUAGCUCUGCCGAACGCCAGGUUCGUGGCUCGAGAUCUGCCCGCGCCAUGCAUCACCGUUCGCGUUUCAAACCCGCGACCGGAGCCAC